AUGUUCAAGCAUGCGCGAUGGUGGAGCGAGAGGAACAAAAUCAAAGUCGAUUUCAAGCUGCAAUUUCAUGCUUCUCAGGUCACACAGGUUGGAGGAGAUGGGUUGAUGGUAUCGGUUAUUCCGGCUGAAUCUGGGAAGCCGACUGCAAAAUCGGACAAGGCCACGAUACGAGAUGGAAGCUGUUGCUGGGCGAAACCCGUAUACGAAACUGUGAAGUUCAAUCGGGAUCCGAAAACCGGGAAGAUUCAUGAGAGGUUGUAUUACUUUGUUGUAGGCACGGGGCUGUUGAAAUCUGGAGCUGUUGGAGAAGCUUCGGUUGAUCUUUCGGAUUAUGCUGAGGCGACCAGGGUCUCGACGGUGUCUCUCCCCUUACAGAACUCAAAAUCAGAAGCUAUGUUGCAUGUGUCGAUCCAGAGGAUACACGAGUCUAUGGACGAAAGAGAAAUUGAAGAACGUGAGAAUGUGAAAUUGGAUUCUGUAGAACACGCGUCGAGCUUACAGUUAGGCGACCUUGAUACAACUAAAACUAGCACAACUGAUUCUACAGAUGAUAUCCCAUUCAAUAAGACAUUUUAUCCUCCUGAUUCAAACACGAAACACCGGGUAUCCAGCGAAUCCGACGACACAUUAUCAAGUUCAGAGAGCAGCACAGGACUCGAAACCCAUUGGGAACUCCACAUGAACAAUGCCGACAAAACUCAUCAGAAGCUGAAAUCUGGUUCGCAUACACCAAUCUACAAAGAUCACCGCACAUCAUGGGAUUGGUUAGGCAAUCCUAAAGACGAUGUGUUAAUCAAUCCAGAAGGAGGAACCUUUUUAGAGCAAGAGGAGACUGAAGAGGCCCCGGAUAUUUUGAUCCAGAAGCUGAAAGCCAAUGUCUCGGCUCUAGCCCGUCAGGCGGCUAUGUCCGAACUGGAACUGCAGGCUCUUCGUAAGCAGGUGGUGAAGGAGAGCAAAAGGGGCCUCGACCUCUCUCAAGAAAUCGCCUUUUUGAGAGAAGAGAGGGAUUCUCUGCAGGGAGAAUGCGAAAGACUCAAAGCUUCCUUCCACAGACAAACGAACAGCGGACGAUCAGAUUCUCAGGCAGCAGUCAUUGAAGAAUUGAGGCAGGAACUCAACCACACCAAGGAACUUAACGCUAACCUCCAAAUCCAACUCCAGAAGACGCAGGAAUCAAACGCCGAGCUCAUUCUCGCCGUCCAAGACCUCGAUCAGAUGCUCGAGCAGCAAAACCGAGAUUCUGGCCCCACGCAUCAGUCAGACGGUGACGGUGACGAUGACGAGCAGAAGGCUCUAGAGGACCUUGUGAAGGAACACGGUAACGACUCUAAGGAUGCUUACCUUGUGGAUCAGCAGAUCACAGACCUGCUCACCGAAUUUGAGAUCUACAAACGAGAUAAGGACGAGCUUGAGGUCCAGAUGGAGCAGCUCGCGCUCGACUAUGAGAUCAUGAAGCAGGCCAACCACGAGCUGUCAAGCAGGCUCGAACAGACCCAGAUUCAGGAACAGCUCAAGAUGCAGUACGAGCCUUUGUCCCCCGAAACAGACACGAUCAGCGAGCUUGAGUUCCACAUAGAGACCCUUGAGAACGAACUCAAGAGACUGUCGAAAGAUUAUACGGACUCGUUCGCCAAAAUAAGCUCUCUUGAGGCACACUCGAGAAGCUUGGAGGAUGAGCUCGAGAAGCAGGCGCGAGGGUUCAAGGAGGAUCUGGAAGGGCUCACGUGGGCCAGAGUCGAGCAGGAACAGAGAGCCGUAAAAGCUGAGGAGGAUCUCAAAAAAAUGAGGUGGAAAAAUGCAAACACUGCUGAGAGGCUUCAGGAGGAGUUCAGAAGGUUGUCCGUGCAGAUGGCGUCCACGUUCGAGGCCAACGAGAAGCUCGUGACAAAAGCCAUGACCGAGACGAAAGAAAUCCGUUUCGCAAAAGGCCGUCUUGAGGAAAUGCUCAAGAAGGCCCGUGAGGAGCAUGAGGUCAUCCAGGUUGGUUAUGAGGCUAGAAUGAGCCCAAUGGCGGAUGAGAUUGAGCGAAUGAGAUUAGAUAUUGAGGAAAAGGCGGGAGAAUUGGAAAAUCAGAAAUGUAGUGCCGAGGAUUCUCGAAGGGUGCUGUCGGAAGAGAUUUUAGUGCUGAGGGACGAGAUCGAAGCACACUUUGCAAAGAAUAAAAUUCUCAUGGAGGAGAUCGAGAGUAAGAAAAGCCUGGUGCACGAGGUGGAACUGAUGAGAGUUUCGGUUAAGGAAAAGGAGUUGCUCGUCGAGCAAGCAAAUGAUGAAAGGACUGAGCUGGAGAACAGGCUUGAGGAGUUAAAUAAGGAACUGGAUAAGAUGAGGUGUCUUCUGAGAGAGAAAGAGUCUGUAGCUGCAAAUAUGAAGAUUGAACUUGACGUGAUUCGAGCUCAGUGUGAAGAGAUGAAGGAUUCACAACUUCAGGAUGUGGCUGACAAAGAGAAAUUGAAGAAACAAGUAGUGCAGUUAAAAAGUGAUAUUAAGAAAAGAGAGGGAGCAGUAAUCAGCAUGGAGAAGAAGAUAAAGGAUGGCGGCGGCCGAGGAAUGAAUCACGGUGUUGUUAAAGCUAAUUCGAAAACUAGCAAGCCUAUGGCCCGUACGUCCAAAGAGAUUAUGGGUCUCAAGGAGAGAAUAAAGUUGCUUGAGGGUCAAAUCAAAUCAAAGGAAACCGAUCUUCAAAACUCUGCAAUUACAUUUCUACACAAGGAAAAAGAUCUUCAUAACCGAAUAGAAGAGUUGGAAGAAAGAUUAAAACUGUACCAAAGCACUGGUCAUGACGUCGAAAAGGGGUACGGAGACAAAAUUCCAAAUAUCACGAGCAUGAUAUCCAACGAAAAGAGCAACGAUUCCGCGAAAACUGCAGCACACAUUGAAGAAUUAAACAACCAAAUGGCAUUGCUGAAGGAGAACAAUAAAUCAAUGGAAGAGGACUUGAAGGAAAUGCAAGAGAGAUAUUUGGACAUAAGCCUCAAGUUUGCAGAGGUCGAGGGAGAAAGGCAACAACUCAUAAUGAAACUACGUAAUGUCACUUAUGGAAACAAAUAG